UCGUAGACUCCUUCCCCUCAGCCCCUUUCCCCUUGCAGCUCCCUGGUUUCACAAUGCUGUCCCAGCCAGAUUUGGUCCUCGUUAACCCUGAGCCAUCUUCUCUCGUGAUGCCAUGUGACCUAAGUGGCUUCUCAGGCCUUGUGACCCUUAUCACACCUCUUUGCGGUAGGAGGGGUGGUGGAGAAGAGCCAACGAUGCAGGCUUAAGGGCGGAGACAGGACCUGGAGUUCACACCAAGGUGCGAGCAUUUAGGAGCUGCCACCUUACCCGAACAGGAGUAACACCAAAGGGCAAGCGAGAGAGCUUCCUGUGACGACUCCCGGCUGGUGGAGAUCCCGUCUCCCCUGCGCGCCUGUCCAUGUCGCGCACAGCCGGGGGCUGAUCGGCAGGUCGGCGUCUCCUCGUUGCCUCCAUGCUCACAUCCGCCUGGGGCGUGAGUCGCGUGCUGGUUCCCGCCGUGUGCAGUAAGCCCACACGCUGCUGAGUGUGGCACCGCCAGCCGCUCGAUGACGGAGCCACGUGCCACGUGCUGUCGUUUCUGCGAGGCCCGGCAGUAUGGGGAUCACACGUACCAGCAGCCUUCGCAAGGCUUUCGAGACGUCAGGCGAGCUGUGACUGGGACCCAAGGAUACUAUGAGACCUCCUGGGGCCUGCCAUGGGACCUGCAAAGAGUUCACCAGUCGGCCACCAAAAAGAGAUUUUUCACACCCUGGAAGAGCACUGGAAUUGCUGUGGCCGGAGCACUGGGGUUGGCGAUUGCUAUUGGCCUCCUGGUGUAUUUUUUGGCCUAUGACCAGAGGCCGUUCUACUACAACGGCAACUUUAAAGUCACCGAUGUCCGGUACAGCGACGACCUGGCCCGGAAAUCCUCAGGCGCGUUUAGAGAGCAGAGCAGAAGGGUCGAGAGGCUGAUAGACAAGGCGUUUCAGAGUUCUGUGUUAAGAAAAAAAUACAUCGGGUCGCGUGUGAUCAGGCUGAGCCCUGAUACCAGUGGAGUGGUGGCCCAGGUCGUGCUCACGUUCCUUUCCUGUGCCACGGACAGCCCAGCAGUCUUACAGAGAAAAGUCGACAUCAUCCUACUGCAGAAACUGAACAAAUAUUCUGGGCCUGUGCAAAUAGAUUUUGCAUCUUCUACCCUCUCAGAUAUGAAGCCAGAGAAAGCUGAAACUCUCUUCAAUGACUUCUGUGGGUUGCGACCGAAUAGAUCGAAAUCAGCAUCCACAUCAAACAGAGUCGUCGGAGGGGCGUCUUCUGCACAGCUUGGGGACUGGCCAUGGCAAGCGAGUUUACAGCAGAACAACAUCCACCAUUGCGGGGCCACACUGAUUAGCAACACGUGGCUGGUAUCUGCGGCUCAUUGCUUUAGACACUCUAAAAACCCACAUGCAUGGACUGUCACCUUUGGAAAUCUCUUAAGGCCACCAAGAAUGAAACGCUCUGUCAAGGCUAUUAUCGUCCAUGAAAAGUACCAAUAUCCAGCACCCAAGCACGACAUAGCUGUCGUGAAACUCUCAGAGCACGUUGACUUUACGAGUAGCGUGCAUCGCAUCUGUCUGCCGGAUCCUGCUCAGAUUUUCCCAUAUAAUUCUGAUGCCGUCGUCACAGGCUGGGGAGCACAGAAAGGCGAAGUUCAGAAUCUGAAUGUUCUCCAGGAAGCAACGGUGAAGCUCAUAGACACAGACACGUGCAACAGGGAAGAAGUGUACCACGGGCUCGUUGCCCCGGGGAUGCUGUGCGCUGGAUACCUACAAGGAGGAGUAGAUGCUUGUCAGGGUGACUCUGGUGGCCCGCUGGUUAGUCCGGAUUCUAGAGGGAUGUGGUACCUCGUGGGAAUAGUGAGCUGGGGAGAGGAAUGUGGUAAACCAAAUAAGCCGGGAGUCUACACGCGCGUGACUUACUAUCGGGACUGGAUCACUUCUAUAACUGGCCUGUGAUGCAGCAGAAGUCCCAACUGGACCAAGCGACGCGGGCCGUAUGCAGGUCGGACUCAUCUGUAACACUGCACGGUGUCCUCUAAUCCAUACAUCCCUGAGUCGUUUGGGUCAGUUCUUUGCAGGAGAUGCCGUAACCCCCGUGAACUUGCACUAAAUGUGUGAGAUCCCUUGGCGUCGCUUGGGCCCCCCAUCAAAGGAAUGUAAAAAGCUGCUGAUGUAUUUAUUGUACUAGUUUAAAAGUGUAUGUAUUUUUUCCCAGGAAAGGAAACUUACCUGUCCCAAGGUCUGAGGGUCCCCCCCAGCCUUGAUACCCUCCUCUCUGCAACUGGGGCAUAAAGACAGCUACUUCUGUUUUAGCCAAGCAAGUUCCUCCUUUCCAAGCCUACCAGCACAGUUCACUGAGCACUAAUUCCAGCUAAGACACGGGGUAUCCCCCGCUAGGUGCUGAGAGCCUAGACUUCCCCUUUGUUCCCGAACUUGGGAUGAGGAGGACUACAAGCCAACCAGAGUAUACAGCCUGGCAAUGCAGGGUCCUGGCAAUGCAGCAUCACGGCUGACCUCAGAACCGCCUUGGGACCAAAGGCCUUCCCCUGCCACCAUAAGCAGGGCUGCGCCAGUGUGGUUUUGCUCUCUUGAGGGAGCCAGGAGCGACCCUGAGAGUUGCUGGGAAGAAACUCCAGAGGGAGUUUCGGAGCUUACAAGAGAACGUAGUGGGCUCCAGAGGCCGGUCAGAGGUCCGGAGGGAGUAGCCGGAGUCUGGGAAAGUCACAAGAAUGAGGAUUUGGAGCAGGGUCUAGUUAUGAUGAAAGAGGAUUGGUGCAGCUUGAAAAGUAGGUCCUUGUGGGGAAAGAAUCCGUCCUGCUGCUCUGAAAUAAAUCCAUUUUAUGGAUUCAGUGAUGCACAGAUUUUUAAUUUAAAAAAAAAUCUUUAUCACAGUAGCCUGCUGCUGCUCCCUGUAAUGUACCUCUAGGCUGACUUCCCUCUCUACAAUGAACUUGAAUUACCAGCACGCACACUAUAUCCUAUCUUGGUGCUUCAUGUGCAGUAGCAAUGCUGGUUUUUUUUUUAAGAACAGUAAGGAAAAUCAGAUAGCCGAAAAGGAUCCCCACCCAUUUUGUUCAGGCUCUCAGCUGGAUGUUUGCGAAAAGGGAACACAUGUUCACCCUACCUUAGUAUGUUACAUAAAGGUAUCAUGGAGAUUGCUGAGCCUCCAGCUCACUGAAAAGAAAGACCUGGGGGGGUUGAUUCCUACUGGUGGAUUUAUCUCUUCCAAGGAUGACCCUGAUCUUAACUCAGAAGGCUACAAGAAAAAGGUAAUUUGCAUAUCUCAGAGGGGUAGCCAUGUUAGUCUGUAACUUAAAAAAACGAAAAAAAAAAAUUGAAAAAACCAACAACGAGAAAACAACAAAAAGUGCUCCAGGACCACACAUUUUUUUUUAGUUUUGGGGGGUAAUGCACAUGUUAAGGACAGGCUAGGAGCUUCAAAAGCAAAUGACUCCUGUGCUCUAGCAUGAGAACGUUACUGCCCACCCGUUCAAAUGCUAAUAUGCCUUUUAAAAACCUCCACGGUGCAUAACAUUGAUAGUAAGGAAUCCCAAGGCCAUAAUGUUCCCCCUCUAUAUCUCCUUGGGACUCAGAAGGCUCUUCUUCCUCCCAUCUCUGAUUGGCCAGGAGAAGCAGCUGGUGGGAUAAAAGACAGAGGACUGGCUUGGGGAUGGAGAGAAGCUGCAAAUCUUCCGCAGCUGAAGAGUUCUUCAGAGUUACCGGCUGCUUUUUCUGCCCAUAUCUGUUUCUGAUCCCCAAAGCAUCACAGUGGCCCUUAGUGACUGAAGCUGAUGGAGUGGGAGGUUGCUUAGCACUUUCUGAAAGGUCAAACCACUUCCUUGGGUGUCUAAAUAUGGAUUUAGGAGCCUAACUCUAGGCCCCUGUUGGUUAAAAAAAAAUCUUGGCUUAUUUUCAGCUAUUUUUUCAUGGUUUAUUCGUGGUGAAAAAGUUUUCCUGUAUCUUGAACCAUUUGGGCUGAACAAAACGGGCGCGCUGUCUCUCACUUUUUAAAUGGUGGUAUUUCUAUUCUGCUUUGCCAUGUCAUUUGACAUUAUUUUUCUUUCUCUCUCCCAGUAAACAAAGGGUAUCUUGGGAUAUUCAGGGCUGGGUCAGAUCCCACAAGCUGGUGACCUUCGUUUAUUGACAAAGGUCGCUGAUCGUGCACUUUUGUGUUGCUGCUGCUUUUCAGCAAAGGACUCAUUCUGGGCCAAAUCCAGUCCUCAGUGAAGAGGUCCAAUAGCACUUGCAUCUGGAUCUGUAGGGACAGUGUUUUCAGUGCAUGAGCACUGCCCACACUGUUGAUAUGGGACAAGAGAGAGAAACAAUUUCUCAUCUCAGAAGGAACACUUGGUUAUUUAAUGAAAGAAGGUGGCUAAAAAAAUCACGGACCACAUUUUCCAAAGGGCACGAUUCUCCACCUUACGCAGGGACAAGCCAGAUGGAAGCAUUGUUCACAGGCUGUUAGUGAACUGUCUGGCCUGGUUUUGUCCUCACUGCAUGGCAGUGUUAUAUUUAUGAAAGCGGACUUUAUCAACUGCAUUGGAACAGAGCAAAGAGAACCUUGUAUGAGUGAAGGAAAGAUGACAAGACCUCAGAUAGUAUUGUUACAUUUAAGCUAUGUCGGAGAUCUAAACACGGUGAAAUUAUU